UCGCACCGGGUACCUUAUCCUUUCCCCCUGAGCACUGCCUCACCCACUCCCCCAAGUCUAGCCUCACGUUAUCCUCCCGGUGGUUACAUCGGCGAUUUCUUCCGGCGAUUGGAGCGGCGGCGGGUGGCGCGCUAGUGCGGCAGAGAGGAUGCGGGAAGGUUGUGUCCCUGCGGUAGGAGGCGGCGGCGGCCCAGCGGGAGGAGGCGGCGGCGAGGAUGCGGCUGGCGGGAGGGGGCAGCGACCGGCAGGAGCUAUUCCGGCGAAUUGGGAGCUCCUCCUGCACGUCCAGGGCACCGUCCGACACCACGCGCGCGCAUAUGCCGCGUCCGGGAGUGCGAGCAGCGUGGCGCUGCCAGUCGCCCUGGCCACCCACAUCCUGGCGCGGCGGCCUGGUCAGCGGGGACCCGUUCGUGGCGUCGCUUUGCCGGGUCGCGCGGGUACGGCGGCGAGGAUGUGGGAUGGCUGCAUCAGGCGGCUACAUAGCCGGUAGAUAUGGAGGCGGCCGCGACACUCGAGGAGAGGGAGCGGCUAGCGAUGGGGCCGAGGGCUGGGUGCUCCCGUCGUCGCACACGGUCGCUGAGGGGAGCUGGCGGCUAUGGAGGACGUCGAGUGGCGGUGGCGGUCGCUUUCGCUUUUGUUUUCUUGUGCAGCCGCUCCCGCUUUUGCUCCGAGUGCCGUCGUCAGCCGUUGAUCCCUCCAUUUGGGGCUUGCUGGAGGAAUAAGAUGAGGCCUGGUGCGUUCUCCUCCCGAACUGAGUUGUUCGAUCGAUGCCCCUCCUGCCCCCAAACCAAAUGUUCGGUCUCGGGUGCUCCCAGACCAAACGGUCGGGAGUUAUCGACGUCCUACAUUUCAACCACUAUUUGUUUAAACUAAAUUGACGAAAUUCAUACAGAUACGGCUGAUCGCAUAUAAACUAGACGAAAUUCAUUACAUUUUUGAACAAUUUUUAACUAAAAAAACUAUACCGGACUAAGGUAAAAUUAGUCCACGGACGGCGCUGGCAAAUAUCCAUUCUCAUGACAUGGAUUACAGAUAUCCUUGACUAGUCUAUAGCCGGCCGCAGCAAAUCUCCAUUAUCUUCCCCCAUGUCCGGCAGCCCGCUCGUCAGACUGCCGCGAGCCCCGUUAGGGUUCGUGUGAGAGCACAUUGUUUCUCGACAUCGUUGAAAUGUCCCCAAAAAUUUUACAUGGCCUUAUCUGACCAAUUCAGGGCACCUUGAGAAGUUGUUUUAGUUUUCGACUUGUGUUUUCUUGAGUUUUCUCGGUCAGAAAAGGCCAGUAAAUGGUGGGACGUCUCACAACUGGCAUACGGUGUCAAAAAAGUCCAAACUUGACAUGGAUGCCUACCAUAGGCAUGCCCACCUGGUGGCAAAAGGUUGGGGUCAUUUCAAAGAUGUACAAAGA